UUACAAAAAAUCAACAAGUCCCAACCAGACAACAAGCAACAUAGGUUGUUCCUCUCUUCUUCUUCUUCUUCCCACAAUUUCCCAAUCAAAUCAAAAUCAACUCUUUUUCUUCAUCUUCCCUCUCUAAUGGUUCUUCUUCAAUCUUCCAAGUUAACCCUUCCAACCCCAUCUUCUCUCUCUUCCCCUCACACAACAACAACUUCCAUUCUCUUUGAACCCACUACUCUUUCCCUUGCAAUCACUCACUCCAACUCCUCAAUUUCUCUCUUCCCUUCUUAUUCACCUCUCUCUCUUUCCUCCUCUCUUCAAUUUCCACAAACCCUAAUUCCUAAACCUUCUUCUUCCUCCACUUUUCUAAUUCUUCAACAAUCCCCAAAUUCUGCAAACCCUAAUUCUGUUAUCUUUCUCGUUUGUGGACCCCAUCGAGCUGGUUCUCAAAUUCUCCUCCGGUUUUACAUCCUUAAUAGAAUCACCAACUGUUUUUCUAGGGUUAAUCGUAUUUCAUGUGGGUCGCAGAGUGGGUUUCUUCGGUUUGAACCUGAAUUAGGGGUUUUGAUGGAUGCGAAACACGGGGUUUCUGUUAAGGUUGUUGGGUCUGUUAACUAUUUCGCGGUUUAUUCCGUUUCGAGUUUUAAAGUUUGGGUUUUUGCUGUUAAGAUGGUGGAGGAUGAAGAGGGUGGUGGAUUGAGAUUGAUGAAAUGUGCUGUGAUUCGGUGUUCGAGACCGGUUUGGUCUUUGAGUAUUUCGUUUGGGUUUUUGGUUCUUGGAGAAGAGAAUGGGGUUAGGGUUUUUGGACUGAGGAGGUUGGUGAAAGGGAAAAUGGUUGUUAGGAGAGUUGAGAAUUCGAAUUUGAAAUCGGGUUUGAAUAAAUUGCCAAAUGGUGAUCAUCAUAGGAAGUAUAAAGGUGGGGGAGAUCGAGGAGGGAAAACCCGCGGUGGUGUUGAUGGUGAUGAGGCAACCUGUAAUGGUGGAUUGGAGGGGAAGAAUGGAGUUGCUGUAAAGCAAACAAGUGUUAAAUAUAAACAUGACAACAAAGAUGGAGGUGCAUGCUUUUUGGCAUUGAAGGGAAACGAGGCUGAAACAAAAUCCAUGCCAAAGGUAUCCAAAUCUGUAAAGGCUAUUUCCAUUAAGGCUCUGUCCCAAAGGAUGUUUCUGAUCUUGGACUCCCAUGGGGAUUUACAUUUGCUAUCCAUUUACAAUUCUGGCCUUGGAGUAGAUAUCACUGGUCAUGUGAAGCAGCUACCUCGUGUCAUGAAAGUGCAAAGUCUGGCUGUUCAUCUUGAUGAAUCUACAACAUCACAGACUAUCUGGAUAUCAGAUGGAUGCCAUUCUGUGCACAUGUUCACGAUGGACACGGAGAAUGCUUUAAACGAAGCAGAUGAAAAUGAUAGCAAUGAAAAAAAGUCUAUGCAUCUCCCAGUUACUCAAGUUCUUUUCUCUAGUGAGAAGAUCCAAGAUAUCAUUUCUAUAUCUGCAAACUCCAUUCUGAUUCUUGGACAAGGAAGCUUAUAUGCACAUGCAAUUUCCUGAAGUUGCUUCUAUUUUUCAUCUCUUUCAUCUGGAAAUCGAUCAUCUUGACUACCUUGACGAUCUAAUGCAUAAACUUGUGUGGUUCCAGGAUACUUAAUCUUUCAAAGUCCUCUGGUUGUCUCGCCAUGUAGUGCAUCUUUAAGAUACCGGAAACUUGAAAGAUUUUUAUCGGGUUCAUGGGAUUGGGAUUGGUUAAAUAUCGCAGUGGCCGACAACUGUGGUGCUGCGUUAUUCAACAGCUUAAUGUCAUCUGUCCUGCAAAACCUGUCACAGCAAACAGCAAGACUACAUGAUUCACCAACUUGUUUAAUGCCAAUCUUAUGGAGAUUUGGCUGAAAUCAUGGUUUUCUAGCCGAAGAACUGAGCAGGGUUUUGACAUAGAAAGCAUGAUCUUGGCAAUUUUGCUGCUCUGCUUGUUGGACUAGUAUUUAUUUGAUUGCACUUUUCUCAUUCUAGCUUUGUUUGGUUAUAUUUAUAAAAGGUGUUUUGUGGAGUUAAAGAGUUUUAUUUUAUUGUUGAUGUAAUAAUUAAAUUAAUGUUUGAAUUGACUUAUUUGAGUUUAUAACUAGCAUAAUUUUGUGACA